AUGAGUCAUUACAACAAAGGAAUGUAUCAUCAGCAAAAAGUUGAUCAGAUUAUAUUUGAAUAUUUUAGUAAACAGGCACUCGUUCAACAAAAUGUUGAUCGUAUAGUGGGAGAAUAUAUUCAGAGAAUUAUUGACCGAACCGUAAAUGAUUACCUAAAAAGGCAAGCUCUAUUCCAACAAAAAGUGGACCAAAUUGUGAGCGAAUAUUUUGAGAAGAUGGAUUUAAUGAACGAAAAAAUUGAUGAAGUAGUUAAAAACUACCUGGAUAAACAAGCCAGCGAAGAUAAAGCAUUGUUCAGGAAAACAUUCGCCCACUCUCUAAUGGACCAAUACAACGGCAACAACGAGCAACAAAUAUCUCUUGAGGACAUUAAAAAUAUUGAAAUGUUUGUCGAACUUGAGUUCGAAUUAACACCAGAAAGUGAAAAUAUAUGGUACCAGGCAUUAAGCAGCGAGCAACAAUAUGGCAUGAUGAAACUGGCCCAUGAGCAUCUUUUUCUUCUAACAUCUACAAAGGAAUUCGUGGAGAGAGAAGCAUUUUACACAAACGAAGAUUUCACCGCCACCAUUAAACAUAACGAGUUAAGCUAUGCACCGAACGCUCAUAGCAAAAUAUAUAAACUCCCCUUUUGUAAGGGCAAGUUUUCAAGCGAUGCUUGUUCAGUUUGUUUAGAGGAAUUCGAAGAAAAGUUGUUUGUACUUGAGUUGCAAUGCAAACACACCUUUCACAUCAAAUGUUUAACCUCCUGGUUUAGGCAAACAACACAAUGCCCAUUGUGCAGAUCUCCAGUUGGAACAAACUUCGAGUACCAUUAUCAAGUUGAAAUGCCAUUUGACAAAAACGGCCCAAGAAGAGUUCUCAUUCGUCUAACAACUGAACCCCAAUUUUAUUGA